AUGGCGACAGCCCUAAAGAGUCGCGGCGCCGCGCUCGUGGCGCUGCUCCUUAGCACCGCGGCGACAGCGAGGGCACACGAGCACCACAUGGACAACAUUCCGGAGGGAGACGCAGUAUCUCCCGAUCCCAUUGACUCCAUAUUAUGGAUCCACAUCCUCAUACAGGCGCUGGCCUGGGGGAUACUCUUCCCUACGGGAAUGGUGCUGGGCAUAAUACGAUCGAAAUGGCACGUCCCCGUCCAGACGACCGGUACCGUGCUCUCCAUCGUCGGAUACUUCCUCGGACACAAGCACAAAGGCCGCCAGUUCGCGUCUAAUAUCCACGCCAAGUUCGUUCCGACGGUUAUGCUCAUCUUGAUUGCUCAAGUCUCGAUGGGAAUAUACCUGAAGCUGCACCUGGAGCGGGGAAUACACGGCAAGAUAAGGAAGAUCGUCGUGAAGGCACACGGAGUCGUCGGCAAGCUCAUGCCUAUUGUGAUCUGGGUGCAGUUCCUCUUUGGAGGCAUCACAGCCCUGGGCUUCUGCCGUGGGGACCACACCGGGCAGUGCUUGGCCCACUUCAUCAUGGGAAGCGCCUUCAUCGCUUACGGAAUCAUCCUUACCAUCCUGUUGCUCGUUGGACAGCUCUGGCUGCGGAGGUCCGGACGAAGCCAAGAGUUCUAUGAUUCCCUCGUCAUUGCGGCAUGGGGAUGCGUCAAUACCUUCACCGAGCACCGCUGGGGCACUGCUUGGGUUAAGAAUGAUUUGCAGCACACAUCCAUGGGCAUCAUUUGGUGGUGUGCUGGCUUGGUCGGCAUUUGGCUGAGUCGGAAAAGAGACGGCCGGCCGAAGCGCAACCUGGUUCCCGCCAUUGUCAUUCUGUUGACUGGCUGGGGCAUGUCGGCCCAUCCACAGACCCUGCCUGUCUCCACCAUGGUCCACACCAUUUUCGGAUACACGCUCAUGGCCGCCGGUCUCACCAGGAUCAUCGAGAUAUCCUUUGUGCUCAAGGACCGCAGCGCCACCUUGACCGACGGCUCUGAUCCGAACAGCUUCCAGUAUUUGACACCGUUCCUGCUCUAUGCGGGCGGCUUUUUGUUCAUGGGCGCUACGGAAGAGCAGAUGCAGGUCUUGGCUGACGCGCAUGUCACCCAUGUUUCCUACGUCCUCAUCCUUUAUAGUAUCGCAUUCCUACUCUUCCUUUACGUCAACAUGCUCAUCCACCUCUAUGCUGUCCAUGCUUGGAGUACAUCAAAAUCCGACGCAGAAGCUCCACGGACAAACGGCAUGCCCAACGGCCAUGCCAGGCCCGAUCCUCGAGUGAGGGACGCGGAAGAGUUCGAGCUCGAAGGUCUCAUUUCGGAAGACGAGGACGCCGAGCCUUUGGAAAGCAAAGAGAGGCAACCUCUUACCGCUCGUCACCUAUAA